AAGAAGAGGAUACUAAAGGUGGAUUCAGUUGAGAAGCAUGCUAAGUAUUGGGUAGGCGUGGAUAUUCUUGCAUUUAAUACAUAUGUUUGGUUGAUGAGCAGCCUCAGGGUGAGAGCAUUAUGGGGUUCAUUUGCUAAUGGCGACGACGGAACUGAAGAAUUGGACACAAUGGUUGGUUAUAAAAUAGGAUUAAAGACUUGGGCAAAUUGGGUUGACUCAAAUAUUAACCCAAACAAGACUCGUGUGUUCUUCACCACCAUGUCACCUACGCACACGAGAAGCGAGGAUUGGAACAGGAAAAACGGGACUAAAUGUUUUAACGAGACUAGGCCAAUUACGAAGAAGGGGCAUUGGGGAACAGGUUCUAAUAAGGACAUGAUGAGUGUAGUGACAGACAUAGUGGAGAAGAUGAAAGUACCCAUCACUAUGAUCAACAUAACACAACUAUCGGAGUACAGAAUCGACGCUCAUUCAUCGCUCUACGGUGAGUUGGGAGGUAAGUUGUUGACGGAGGAGCAGAAAGCCGAUCCACUUCACUAUGCAGACUGCAUUCAUUGAUGCUUACCUGGUGUUCCUGAUACUUGGAAUCAAAUACUUUUAGCACACUUGUAAAAA